AGCAAAUAGUGAAAUCCCUUUCUCUCUCAUUCCCUUUAUACAAAAACAUAUUUUUUCCUCUCUCAAUAUAUGUGAGGCUUUACGCCCUCACCCUUUUCUCUCUUUCUUUUUCCCCUUGCGUGUAUUUCCCGAACCCCAUAAAAACCAAACAGCGCACAACGAAAAACCAAAAAACCCCCAUUUUUCUUCUCACAAACCCUUACUUAAAUCACAAAAAAUUGAUUCUCGAGUUGCAAUAUUCGAUUAUUAACCAUUUUUAUGGUUACUUAUAUUUGAGAUCUUGUCCCUCCUACAAUGUUCUUCACUUUGUAGCGGGCAAGGUAAAUAUAUAUAUUAUAUACACUCACUAAAAGGAAAAAAAAAGAAGAAUUUUGAAUCUGAUUUUAUUGAUUCUGAUUUCAGUUUGAAGUUACCUAUUUUUGGGUACUUUGGGGAUUUAUAUCGGCAUUUUUGGUAUUUCGGUUUUUAUCUGGAUUCGCCUUUUUGAUAAAACGAACAAAAAAAAGUGUGGAAUUUUCCACUUUGAUUCCUUCGAAUUUCAACGCACUUUUGUUUUUGCUUGGUACUCUUAUUGGUUACUGAGACAUUGUGGAAUUUUCUAGGGUUUUCAAAUCGGAUCGCUUACUCUAAGUGGUUGAGCUUAAUUGCUGGGAUAUUUUCAUCUAAUUAGGGUUUUGAAGAGUUCAAUAGUAGCAAUUGAUCCGCUGAUCGCCCAUUAAUGCGAGCAAAAUUGGCAGGGGGUUUGAGCUAUGGAAGAGGACUGUAGAUAUUACUAGAGUUAUUAGCAGUUUUACCUUGACGGAGUUUUGAAAUACUGUGUUUUUGACUCUUGUUUUUGAAAUUUGAAGUGAAGAGCAAUUUUAAUUUAGUGGAUUUUGCAAGUUUAAGUUAGUGGAUUUUGGGUUGAUUUAGUGAAAGGUAUUAAAUGGAAGCAAACUGAAGUUUGAAAGGAAUGUGGGGACAUGGUGCAUGGACAAGAGUAUAAUUUCUGGUUCGUUCCGUUACUGGAACAACACUGCUGUGAGAAAUUAAUUGGAGUAUUAUUAUUAUUUCGGAGUAGAAUUUUGUGCAAUGUCGCGCUGCUUUCCGUUUCCACCACGGGGAUAUGAAAAGAAGCUUAAACCAGAGGAGGGUGACUUAUUGAAAGAGGAGAAAAGGAAGGAGAAAAAACAUAAAAAGGAAAAGAAAGACAAGGAAAAGAGAGAAGGUAAAGAAAAAAGGGAUAAAGACAAAAGUGAUGGGAAACACAGAGAAAAGAAAGAGAAAAAGGAUAAACACAGGGACAAGAAGGAAAAGCACAAGGACAAAAAGAAGGACAAGGACAAGGAUAAAGAGAAAAGCAGCAUCUCUGAGGAGGCUAGAGUUGCGUCUCUACCUGGGCCUUCUACUGGAGGGAAACUUCACGAGAGAGAUGAACAUAAAGAUAGACACAUUAGCUCAGAUAAAGGGAGAGAUGAACAUCAGCUCAGAGAUAGGGAUAGAAACAUCAGCUCAGAGAAAGGCAAGCGCCCCGAUCAGUUUCACUUCCAGCUUGGCCUCUCUGCUGUUGAGACAGAGGACUCAAAAUUUGUGCAGGAGUUGGGCAGGAGGAUCAGAGAUGCAGAGAAGGGUGCUCAAAGUCAGUUGGCGGAGAGAUUUCCAGUUGAGUGCAAAAGGGAUGAAGAGAUCAUUCUCAACAAAAGGGAUGAAGAGACAGGCAGGGUGCGCAUCAAGGAUUCUGGAAAUUUGGCUGAACACAAGGAAAAGAACAAAGAGAAAGGAUUUGUUAACAAUAAGUUGGAUGGGCAAGCAUUCGGGGGUGAACUUAAAAUUGGAGCUAAUGCAAUACCUCCCAGCCUUUCUACAAUGGCAAAAAGCAAAUUUGAAGGAGUCCCCCGACCAUUGGAAGAAAAUGUUGAGAAGACAAGAGAGGAAAAACAGAAACCUAAAGAAAGACGUGAUGACAAACCAAGAGAGAAAAACAAGGAUAAAGAUAGGGAAAAGAAAAGUCAUGGAAAGCAAAAAGACAAGGAAAAAGAGAAGAAAAAGGAAGAGAAGGCGAAGGACAAAAGUGAACACAAGAAAAGCCAGGAGGAUAAAUCAAGAGACAUCAAUAAGAAUGACUUUGUUGGUCUUAAUAACAAUAAACUUCCACUUAUAUCCAAGGAAAACAUUGCUGGUACAGUCAACGUGGGAAUUGUCAGAAAGAGGAAGGAUGUUGAAACUAAUGGUUUCCUGCAUGAGAGUGAACUCAGGCCUGCUAAAUUGCUGCGGCCGUCAUCCUCUCAGCAGCCGACACAGAAUGGAAAAAAAUUUGACACUCACCCAAAAGCAGACCUGUUCUCCUCCAGUAAACAGGAAGUUGCUACUGAUAUUAAAGUGGAAAACAAGAAGCACAAGGUGAAUGGUGGUAUAGAAGGCCAGCCAUUAUGCAGUGUUGAGGCAAAGGCUUCAUCCAUCAUUCCUGGUGCUGAUCAAAUAGCUGAAGCAUCUAAAAGACCUCCUCAUCCCGAUUCCAAAUACUUAAGCCAGAUACUCUCAGUUCCGAAGGUGGACGAUUGGUCUGGGUUUGAUGACCAGGAAUGGUUGUUGGGAAGCGAAAGAACUCCGGCUAAGAAAGCUGAGACGUGUCCAGAUGAAGUCAAUAAGGAACAUUGGGUAUGGUCUGAAGCUUUGCAAAUAGAGGCUGCUGAUGUUUGUGCUCUGCCAUAUGUUAUACCUUAUUGAAUGCUAUUAACGUGAUCUGACAUGAUGAGUUUCCAAGGACGAAACUCUGUCAGCUGUGCAGGAGCAAGCAUCUGGCUUCUAGAGGCCCGUACUCGGUUUUGAUUGGAUUCUUUCUCACCCCUCUAGCCCUGGUGGUCUUGCUGGUGGCAGUUUGUUCUGACAUUGAUUCAGAAAUCUUGAUCGCGGCUUCUUCCUAUACCUAUGAAUUCCAUCGGACCCAAAAAAUGAUACAUUGGAAGAAUGUCGGGUCUUUACAAUAUCAAUAGGUUGAUUGUUUUGCUCCUGUAACUUCCCAAAGGAAAAAAGAUCUUCGAGAGCUUUCAAUCACCAUGGCUGAACGUUGCAGUAGCUUAGACGGAGGGGCAACUUAUUGCCAUAUAUCUGAUAACCCCACAGAUGGAACGGCGGGAUAGUGUGUCUAGGAAGAUGCAUAAGCUUAUGCAAGUUUAUUCUAUUUGCUUAAAAGCUUGGAUGCUCUUUCUAAUUGAGUGUAAAAGAACUAGCUUUUGUGGUCUUUACAACUCCACAAUUUUGAAUUGUAACAUAGUAUUACUAUAGUUGUAAGAUAGAUGGGAUAAAAAGCACAAACAAAAGAAAAGAGGUAGUUGCAUUCAUUUGAUUCA